CAACAGCGCUCGUAAGUUGCAGCGGAGAUUUGUGAAACUAACUUCCCUGUCAUUUCUGUGUGUGUGUUUUUUUGACUGCAAAAAAUCGCAACAAAUCGCGUGAAAAUUCCGGAAAAUCCCGUAAAAAAGCAUGCACGAGUGGCAGUAGAGCGAGGGCCGGCUGUGAGGGACAAUGCCAACACGGCAACGCGUGCGAAUUAGUGGUGGAAAUCUAUUGUGGAUUAUUGUGGCUCCCGGAUGGUGCGUGGCAGAAAUGUAAGAUGCGCCUUGUCCAUCAAUUCCUCAUCGUGACUUUCGUCUCUGUCUGGGUGAUUGUCACAUAUAUUGUCUUCUGGCGACCGGAAACCGCCCCCGGGUACGCCCACACACGUGAAGAGGAUUCCCAGUACAGUGAAUUCCUUGAGAAAAUCAUUUUUCUGGAGAAGGAGGUGGAACGUCGAAAUCAGGAGUACCAGCGGCUCCUUGUGAAGCUCCUCGUGCUCCUUGAGCAACGCUCCAAUCAACUACAAGCAAAUCAAUCCCCAGAAGCUGCCGAUGGUGGUACGUCGACGACUCCCACGGACGGCGUACGGGAGAUACCCCUCGUGGAUGAUUCGCCACCCUUCUCCGGACCCGUUAUUCCUGUAAUUGUUUUUGCAUGCAAUCGCAUCUCCAUCAGCAACUGCUUAGACAAUUUAAUUCAGUACCGUCCCAACAAGAAGCAAUUCCCCAUCAUUGUGUCACAGGAUUGCGAUGAUGAACCCACACGAAACGUGAUUCAAUCGUACAAACAGCAAGUUUCGCUAAUUUCGCAGCCAGAUCAAUCGGACAUUGUGGUACCGCCGAAAGAUAAGAAAUUCAAGGGAUACUACAAAAUUGCCCGACACUAUGGUUGGGCACUCAAUACAGUCUUUUCCCGUGGAUAUGAUUACGUUAUCAUUGUUGAGGAUGAUCUGAAUGUGGCUCCGGAUUUCUACGAAUACUUCCUUGCCACGUAUCCACUACUGAAAAAUGACUCAUCACUGUGGUGCGUGUCAGCGUGGAAUGAUAAUGGGAAGGUGGGUUUAAUUGAUGAAGCUGCAGCAUCACUACUCUAUCGAACGGACUUCUUCCCCGGCCUAGGGUGGAUGCUAACUAAAGAACUUUGGGGGGAGUUGUCCGUUAAAUGGCCUAAAGCAUUUUGGGAUGAUUGGAUAAGACAUCCAGAACAGAGGAAGGAGAGAUCAUGCAUAAGGCCUGAAAUAUCUAGAACAAGAACUUUUGGAAAGAUUGGCGUAUCAAAUGGUUUGUUCUUUGAGAAACAUCUGAAAUACAUAAAAUUGAGUGAAAAGUUUGUUCCAUUUACAAAGAUGAACAUGACUUAUUUGCUAAAGGCAAACUAUGACGCAACUUUCCUGAAGCACGUCUACGAGCUUCCUGUUGUGACCUACGAAGAGUUGAGACGUGGCAUGGUUAACACGAAGGAUCCCAUACGUAUUCAGUACAAUACCAAAGAUCAGUACAAGAAAACAACAAAAAUGCUUGGAUUGAUGGACGAUUUCAAGAGUGGUGUCCCUAGGACUGGUUACCAUGGAAUAGUGUCAUUUUUCUACAACAAUCAACGUGUCUACUUGGCACCAAAUAGAAAUUGGAAGGGAUAUGAUCUCUCAUGGAGCUAACGGAACACUGAGAAAAAUUUCCCCAAAGUGAAUUUUUUCGUGAAACCGAAGCAAAGUCAAAUUAGUAGGUUGAUUUCAUUUCUUCUUCAAUGGAACUGAAUUUAUUAAAAAAAAAAAAAGAAAGAAGAACAUUCCAAGUAAGUCAGAUGGAAAUAUUUAAUUUAAAUUUAAUAUUAGUGAAAUUAUAUAUAAAUAUAAAUAUUAUACAUCAAUCACGAGAAGACGUAAAAAGAGAAAACAAUGAAUUAUGUGCUUCCCGUGAAUGAUGAUUAUAAAUUGUCUAUUUGAUAUUUAUCUCGCGCUCUUAAAAAAAAAUAUUAGAGACCAACAAUGAUUGCCAAUUUGUUCCUUAGUUAAAUUUUUCUAUAAACAAAAUAACUCUAAAAUUAAAUAAAAUAGUAAUAAAGAAGAUUUAUAAAUGAAGAAGUAGUAGCAGCUUUUUACAGGUUAACGUGAAUUUCAUACACAUCUCACAAUAAAUCCUCUUCCGUAAAAUUUUCGCUUAAAAAAAAAGGUUGUACGUACAAUGCUCCUCAUAUAGACGUACUUGAAUGUGUAUUAAAAUACAUGAAUUAGGUAAUAGUGGGUGGCAAAGAUAUUAGAAGAGAAAAAUAGAUCAAAAAUUCAUCUCGAGGGCAAGAAUUUAUUAAAAAAGAAAAACUUUAUCGAAAAAAUGAAAAUUAAUCGUGUUUCUUUGUAUUCUGAAUGGUAAUAGCUUCGUAUAAAGGAAUUUACUUGUUUUUGCAUGGAAGACAACCUAAUUUGAGGAAACAAUCGAAAGGACAAACGUAAUUUUGAAGAUGAAAGAUUAUAUUAAGGGAAUUCGUCAAAGAGAUUUGCCCAAACAAUGAUGUCACUAUAAUGUUAUUUGUUUAUUUUAAUAAAAUGAAACAUUUAAGCCCAUGUUUCAUCGAUGCUUUGAAAAAGAAGUCUUUAUGCUGACAAUGAGUCAGACAAGAGUUGAGGCCUAAUAUUUUAGGUGAAGAAAUUAUAUUUUUAUUUGAACUAAAAUCAUUUUUUUUUAAUUUAACAGAAUUGAGUUAUAAAUUUAAUUAAGGAAAAUUUUUUAAAUUUAUGGACAGGCUGAAUAAAAUGAAAUGUAAUUUCAUUAUAGAAGUUUUAGAAUAUUUAGAAUUUUGAAAGGAGGCUAUUCAGGCAUAUAUGGAUGUGUUUCUCUGAUUCGAAGAAACAAUUUUAAUUUGGAGUUUCUUUUAGAGAAUCAUAAAAAAGAAUAAGAAUUUGUAAAAAUAACAUUUUCUGUUUGAAUCACAUAAAAAGCAAGCAAUUGCGCGAUUAUUUCCCAAUUAGUCCCUUUAAAUGUUUCAAAACAUUUACGUUAAUGUUUUAUAAUGACAACCCGAUCAAAGAAACAUUAACAAUAAUGUUUUGAAACAUUUUAACGGACAAAAUGGCCAAUAGUGAAUAUUUUUGCAUGUUUUGUGUAAUCUUUCUCGGCUUUUUUAUGGAAGAUUUUAAGUUUUUUUUUGACAAUUUAUUAUUUUCUUUUGAUUCCCUGAAAAAAACCCUUAAAAGCAACGCGGAUCAAAAUUGUUUUCUCUAAUCAGAGCAAGACCUAUUUAUGCUAGAAGAGCUUUCUUUACAUUUCUCUUGAACAUUUUUGCCACCCACUGCUGGACAAUGCGUCAGUUCUAUCCAUUCAUUGCAUUAAUAUUAUGGAUUCAUUGACACUGUACGCAAAGACAAAACACGGGAUUAUGAGAACAAUCUAACAAUAGUAUUUUUUGUAUAGACAAAAAAAAACAAACAGAAUUAUGAAUUUUGUGCAAAACAAGUGUGUAAAAGUGUGUGUGUGUGUUUUAUUAUUUUUUCUUCUUGUAAAACAAAUAGGAAAAAAGAAAAACAUUUAAUAUUAAGCAUAAUAAUAAAUUUAAUCCCAAAAUGUAAUGUAAUUUUUAAGGCAGAGCAUGAUGAGGAGAUGUAACAGAAGCCACACUGGCUGUGAUAUACAAUAAAAUGGUAACAGAGUUGCAAGAAAAAAAA